GUAAAAAACCAGUGGCGACGCCGUCAUGAAAAACCGUUCAAACAACAGCACAUGGUACUGUCGAAGAAAGAGCAUUCCGAGGAGGUUAAGUGACCAUCUGAUAAACUUUCUGACAAAAAAGAAUUCAAUGAUUCCGUGUAAAUAACAGUAAAAAAAUGUCGCGAAACUUGGCUCGGUGUUUAAUGCGGAAUCUUCUGAAACAGAAUAAUUACGUAUGCAUGAGGUUAUUGCCUCAGCAAUUAGUCAAACGUUACGAACACACAAAAAAAAAUUAUGCACUUAUGCAAAAUGAUAACACUGAAACAACUAUGGAUUACCAAGAGGUUAAAACCUAUCGGGAAUUUUUAAAUGACAAUGUCAUUGGACACAACUAUUCCGUGAGAACUUUAAUGAAUCUCCUGGACAUUCGUAGAGAAACAGCAAUCAAGUUUACUAUAAAGUGGCCGAUAUUUAAUAAAUUAACAAAGCCAGCACUUCUGAAGAAUUACCAACUUCUACGCUCUGCUGGUGUCUUCAAGUCUACGAUCAGGCAGAAUGUCGAAUCGCUGGCCGACACCCCUGAAAAUAUCCAGAGCAAAGUCAAGAGUCUGAAGAAGGUUAAACUCGAGAUCAACUAUGGUAUUCCCUUAUUACGAUUGUCAGCUUUGGAGUUGAUGAAUUUUUCCAGUACUACCAUGAAGGAUAGAAGUUUACAGCCUAAUUAUCGGAAUAGAAUUGAAUAUCUGGCCGCGAAAUUCAAUUGCCACGUGAGUACAAUUUGUGUUUUGGUAUGCACUCAACCUGAUAUUUUAUCCAUCAAGAUGGCGAAAAUUGUCGAAAUCACAGAAUUUUUAUUAGCUCAACGUGCUGGAAUAAAAGAAAUCAAGCCAUGGUUCAUUCGCUGUCCAAUUUCGAUAAUUGAAAGACGGGAGGAGAAGAAAAUUAAUUGGAACACGAUCGUUGGUCCUGAUACCACCCUUGAGGAGCACAUCGCCAAAGUAAUGGACUGCGAUUUGCAUUCUGCCACAUCCCUUCUUUAUCGUAGUCCUGAUAUUAAAUCACUCUCCAUCGUAAAAUUGACCAAAAUGCUUCAAUUUCUUCAUAGCACUGGCUACACAAUUCAUGAUUUGUACCGUGCACCAACAAUUGUGCACAGACUGGAAGACAGUAUCAGACGCAACUACGAGAAAUGGACGGCCGCUGGUAUUGGACAUCCGAACAUAAGUACAUUGAUCAUGUCACAAAAGCGUUUUGAAGAGAAGUUACAAGAAGAGAUUGCCAAGAGUAAAUCUUCCAAUAUUUUUUCAUAAUUUUACGUCGUCCUUAUAUUAUCAACAAUACAGUAAUAAAAUUCACAAUUAUUUAUA